AUGAUGCACGGAAACGCCUUAGAAGAUGCCGCUCCCGUAUCUGAAACGUGCAAGAAACGGAUACGCCUGAGAAACGGACGGGAAACGUUUCCGGCAAGUAUCGACUACACACGAAACGUUUCUCGCAAUGCUGCCUGUGCUUCACCGAUUGCUGCUGGCCUGCUGGGUAUUCCAAAAUUCCAACUUUUCCACUUUCCAGUUUCUAAGUUUCUUUGCUUAUCGGUUUUUUUAGUUUACUUUACUAGUUGUCUAGUUUACUAUCUCUUUUGUCGUCGAUCAAUAAGACAAGAACAGGAAAAAAUAAAUUUAAAAGGCAGUGAAUCGUUGAAUUGUAUGGCUUCUUCUCAAGAACAAGAAACACAAGGAUCAUCUACAUCAGUUGAUCAACCUCCAUUGUGGGACUUUGUGACUAAGCUCGAUAAACUUCCUGGAUCAGGAGGAUGUUGGAAGUUCAAGUGUAAUCUUUGCAGUGAAACCCGACAAGGAUCAUAUUCUAGAGUUAGAGCACAUUUGCUUGGCAUAAAAGGUACCAGGAUUUCUAUUUGCAAGAAAGCAACAACAACUGACAAACUUAACAUGACACGAUUAGAAGAUGAGUAUGAAAAGAAGAAAACCGAGUCACAAGCAAAAGAAGUUCAGUUGCCAUGUGAAGCUGGUGUUGGAUUUAAGAAAAGAAAAGGUAUUUCAACACCUAUUGAAAGAGCUUUUGGUGUUGAAAUUAGGGACCAACUGGAUCAAGAAAUAGCUAGAAUGUUUUAUACCGGAGGUUUACCUUUUAAUCUUGCAAGAAAUCCACACUAUGUAAGGGCUUUUCAGUUUGCUGCUAACAACAAAAUUGAUGGUUAUGUACCUCCUGGUUAUAAUAAGCUAAGAACAACAUUACUACAAAAAGAAAAAGAUAAUGUUCACAAGCUAUUGGAGCCACUUAGGUUAACAUGGAAAGAAAAGGGUGUGACUAUUGUGAGUGAUGGUUGGAGUGAUCCUACAAGAACACCUCUAAUCAACUUCAUGGCUACCUCAGGCAAUGGUCCUUUGUUUCUAAAGGCAGUGAAUUGUUUUGGGGAAGUGAAAGAUAGAUUUUUUAUUGCUGAAUUGAUGAAGGAAGUCAUUAAUGAAAUUGGUCAUGAAAAUGUUGUGCAAAUCAUUACCGACAAUGCAGCAAAUUGUAAGGCGGCUGGAGAGAUUAUAGAAAGUCAGUUUCCUCAUAUCUAUUGGACACCAUGUGUUGUUCAUACACUUAAUCUUGCUUUGAAGAACAUUUGUUCACCAAGGAAUGUGGAAACAAAUGAACUAACAUAUGAACAGUGCCGCUGGAUAAAAGAAGUUCAUGAAGAGGCGUUUGCAAUAAAAAAUUUCAUCAUGAACCAUAACAUGAGGCUCUCGAUUUUCACCAAGUUUACUCCUCUUAGGUUGCUUUCUGUUGCUGACACUCGCUUUGCCUCCAUCAUUGUGAUGCUUAAGAGAUUGAAACUUAUCAAAAGGGGUCUUCAAGCUAUGGUCAUAAGCGAAGAAUGGUCUUCUUAUAGAUUAGAUGACACUGAGAAGGCAAACUCUGUGAAAGAAUAUAUUUUGAAUGAUGAUUGGUGGGAUAAAGUAACAUAUAUUCUUAGUUUCACUGGACCUAUAUAUGAGAUGAUUAGAGCUUGUGACACUGACAAGCCAUGUUUACACUUGGUCUAUGAGAUGUGGGAUUCUAUGAUUGAGAAAGUGAAGAUUGAGAUCUACAAGAAAGAAAAACGUCCUGCAUCUCAAAUAAGUUGUUUUUACGACAUUGUGCAUCGUAUUUUAGUGGCUCGAUGGGCGAAGAAUAACACCCCCUUACACUGUUUAGCUCACUCUUUACAUCCAAGAUAUUAUAGUGAUGCAUGGUUAAUGGAAGAUUCUACAAGAUGUGCUCCACAUAGGGAUGGAGAAAUUUCACAAGAAAGGAUGAAAUGCUUUCGAAGGUUGUUUCCUAAUGAUGAUGAGUAUGGCAGAGUCCUUGAUGAGUAUGCGAUGUUUUCAAUGAAGAGUGGUCCUUUUGAAGAUUUAACAAGCAUUUCAAAGAUGGCUACUAUGGAACCCAAGAAUUGGUGGGUUAACUUUGGUGCUCAAACUCCUUUUCUCCAGACUUUGGCUUUUAGAUUACUUGGACAACCUAGUUCUUCUUCUUGUGCUGAGCGUAAUUGGAGUACUUAUGCAUUUAUCCACUCGCUUAAAAGGAACAAGCUGACUACAAGUCGUGCUCAAGACUUGGUUUAUAUCCACAAUAAUCUCCGACUUUUGUCAAGGACUCCGAAAGAUGAUGUAAAGAUGUGGGAUGUGGGCGGAGAUGCUUUUGAUUCAAUGGAAGACGUCGGAUUUUUGGAGUUUGCAGAUCUCUCACUAGAUGAACCCGAUUUUGAAAAUGAAUUAAUUAUUGAUAAUUAG